UUAAUAGUCUAUCGUUUGAUAAUGAUGGGUAUUGUAAUUUUGAUUUAUAACGUAAAAGUUUUAAAUUUUACUCCUAUGUUAAAAUGAUAUUCGAAAUUUUAAUUAAUUAUUUCAUGACAUUAAUUAACUUAGUCGUCACCAAGCUUGGUUUACGUGAUUCCGACAACAUCGACGUAGAAAUCGUGUACAAGUCAAAAGAUUUUAUUAUUGUCAACAAACCUGAAGACAUAUUUACAAAUAAUCAUAACAAAGCAGUUAGUAUAAUAUUACCUCCAGUAUAUUGUAAUUAUAUAAAAAAAAAAAAACACGUAAUCGAUACAGUGAGGCCGUCCUUGGAUGUAUUACUUGGAAAGAAAUAUCCACAUUUGGUGAACAGCAAAUUAGAACACAGUUUCUAUUUUGUCCACAGGUUAGACUUUGUGACCAGUGGUAUAUUAUGUAUUGCUCUAAACAAACAAGCGUGCGCCAAAGCUUCGGGUGCAAUGCAAAAAAGAAUAUCCCGAAAAUAUUACAUAGCAUUGGUCAGAGGACACGUGUCUAAAGACCAUUUGGAAUUGACCAACUCUAUUGGAUACUGUGCGAGAGAAGUGGACGGAAAUCGAAAAAUGUGCACUAUUGACGAAGAGUGUUGCACCGAACCUCGAGACGCACACACUCGGCUAAUAGUGUUGGAGCGUGGCGUGUAUAUGUCGUAUCCCGCGACUAAAGUUCUGUUACAGCUCGUCACUGGUAGACGUCAUCAGAUUCGGGUGCACUGUUCAACGAUUGGCCACACGAUCAUCGGUGAUUACACGUACAGCGAUCGCAAAGACACGAGUCCGUGCCGGACGUUUCUUCACUCCUACAGACUGGAACUGGGUGUCGACGGCAUAAACGUCCAGACGAACGACCCAUUUACCAAAGCCAAACUUAAUGAUUUAUGGAUCCCGGUGGAAUACAUCAACAGAGCGGGAGAUGAUUGUUUUCGACUGUUUAGUAACUGUAGCUGACAUAUAUAAAAUGUGAUUUCAUAGUAUCAUACCAUGUAUUUAUGUACAUAUCAGUAUAAAGACUGUUUUAUUAAAUAUAUUGGUACCUAUCUAUACUUACCAAAUAUAUAAUAUAAUAUAUAUA